AUGAAGGCCUCCAUCUCUCUCGCUGCCCUCACUGCCCUGGCGGCCACCGUCGAGGCUCAGAACUACCUCGGCUUCAACUCUGGUGCCACCAAGGCCGACCGCUCCGCCAAGUUCAAGGCCGACUUCGAGGCCGAGUUCAAGACUGCCCAGGGCCUCGAGGGUGCUCCCGGCGACUUCAACGCCGUCCGCCUCUACACCAACAUCCAGGCCUACUCCACCCAGGACCCCAUUGAGGCUUUCGAGGCUGCCAUCGAGACCAAGACCUACAUCCUUCUCGGUAUCUGGACCUCCGGCACCGACAACAUUGACAAGGAGAUCAAUGCCCUGAAGACCGCCGUCACCAAGUACGGCACCAAGCUCACCGACCUCAUCAUCGGUGCCUCCAUCGGUUCCGAGGACUUGUACCGCAACUCCGUCACCGGUGUCAAGAACAAGUCUGGUGUCGGUGCGGACCCCAAGACCCUCGUCGGCUUCAUCAACGACUUCAAGACCGCCUUCAAGGACACCCCUCUGUCCAAGGUCUCCAUCGGCCACGUCGACACCUGGGAUGUCUGGGGAAACUCCACCAACAAGCCCGUCCUCGACGCCGUUGACUGGGUUGGUGUUGACGAGUACCCCUACUACGAGAACGACAAGGGCAACACCAUCGACAACGCUGGUUCCCUCUUCGACAAGGCCUACGAUGCCACCGUCGCCACCGCUGGCGGCAAGCCCGUCUGGGUCACCGAGACCGGCUGGCCCGUCACCGGCGAGACUUGGGACCAGGCCGUUCCCAGCGCCAAGAACGCUCAGAAGUACUGGCAGGAGGUCGGUUGCCGCAAGCUCUUCAACAAGGUCCCCACCUUCUGGUACAACCUUCGCGACUCCAACCCCGACAACUCUAUGAAGUUCGCCAUCACCAAGGACCUGUCCACCACCCCUCUGUUCAACCUCACCUGCCCCACCACCUUCGACACUCCCUCCAGCACCAAGACCGCCUCUGCCUCCGGUACUGCCACCGCUAAGCCCAGCGCUUCCUCUGGCGCCAGCUCUGGCUCCGGCAACAGCACCAGCGGCGGCUCCGGCUCCGGCUCCGGCUCUGGAAGCGGCUCUGGCAGCGGUUCUAACUCGACCGUCUCCACUGCCGCUCCCUCUGCCACCUCCGGUUCCGGCUCCUCCGGCAGCGGAUCCGGCUCUGGAUCCAGCGCCAGCAGCACGCCCUCCGCGGUUGCUGGCUCUGGCGCCGCCGGCCUCCAGGCCUUCACCACCGGUGCUCUGGCCGUCGUUGCCGGCGCUUUCGCCCUCCUCUACUAA